UUAAUAUAGGUCAAAUGCAAAGCAUAGGUGUUACUUUGAAGCAGGCCCGCAGCCAAGUUUUGAGUUAGAAAGUUGAGAUAUUGAAAAUACAAUCGGCUAAGCCCAACUCCAACCAAAACCUAAAAAAUUCCCAAAAGUGUCGUCUCAAGCUCUAAGCCUCUCACCAGUCAGGCAGUCACCGGCAAGCACCAACAAGGCACCGUCGACCACCGGCCCUUAAAAUUCUCAUUUGAUUGACCUAAUUCCUAAAGCCCUUAUUAAACCUCAGUGUAGUGCCUUUGGUCACCGGCCAACUUGAGCCAAGUAACCAUCACCGACGAUAAUGGCGUGUACAGAGGAAGCAAAACUCGAGCACUUCCUUCAAUGGCUUCAGGUAAACGGAGCUCAAUUCCGCGGCUGCAAAAUCAAAUAUUGCGACUCCACCAAAGGCUUUGGUAUUUAUUCCACCAAUGGUUCACCCGAAGAUGGGGUUCUUCUUGUUGUUCCACUGGAUUUAGCAAUAACUCCAAUGAGGGUACUGCAAGAUCCUUUAAUUGGAGCAGAGUGUAGAGCAAUGUUUGAAGAAGGAGAAGUUGAUGAUAGGUUCUUAAUGAUUUUAUUUCUUAUUGUGGAACGUCUCCGAAAGAAUUCUUCAUGGAAACCGUACCUUGAUAUGCUUCCAACUACUUUUGGUAAUCCGGUUUGGUUUACUGAUGAUGAGCUUUUGGAGUUGCGGGGAACAACCUUGUAUAGAGCAACUGAAUUGCGGAAAAAGGAUUUGAUGUCUGUGUACGAAGAUAAAGUGAAGGAAUUGGUGAAGAAACUUCUGGUUCUUGAUGGAGAUUCAGAAAGUGAGGUGUGGUUUGAAGAUUUCCUUUGGGCAAAUUCUAUAUUUUGGUCUCGUGCUUUGAACCUUCCUCUUCCGCAUUCUUAUGUAUUCCCCCAAAUUCAAGAAGAUGUGGGCACAACCUGUCCAGUUGACAAAAUUUCCGAGGGUUCCACCAGUCAUAGUUGUAGUGAAGAGCCGAUUAAUGAAAUCAAUGGAAAAAGAUUUGAGGCUCAUGGGAAUGAUAGCAAAGUCAAUGGAGUAACUUCGACAUCAAAACAAGAAGAAACUGUCUGGGUAGAGGGUCUUCUCCCUGGCAUUGACUUUUGCAACCAUGACUUGAAGGCAGUUGCAACAUGGGAAGUUGAUGGAACAGGGUCAAUAACUCAAAUUCCUUUAUCCAUGUUCCUUAUUUCUGCUUUACAGUCUCCAUUGCCAGUUGACAAAGAAGUUUCCAUCAGUUAUGGUAACAAAGGAAAUGAGGAACUUCUCUACCUGUAUGGUUUUGUUGUUGAUAAUAAUCCAGAUGACUAUCUCAUGAUUCAUUAUCCCGGAGAGGCAAUCCAGAACAUUUCCUUUUCUGACUUCAAAGGACAACUACUUGUAGCCCAGAAAGCUGCAAUGCGGUGCCUUCUACCUAAAAACUUGCUAGAUCAUGGGUUUUUCGCAACAGGAUCCUCUAAUUGUAAAGCAAACAAUACCUCUGAAGCCAAUGAUAGAAUUUGCAAUUUUAGUUGGAGUGGUCACCGCAAAACACCUUCUUACUUGAGUAAGCUAGUUUUUCCAGAAGAUUUUAUGACUGCCUUGAGGACCAUAGCCAUGAAAGAUGAGGAGGUUUCUAAGGUUUCCGCAAUGCUAGAAGAGCUUGUUGGGACUGAAGGAGAAAGACAGCCUUCCGAGACAGAAAUAAGAACAGCUGUAUGGGAGGCCUGUGGGGAUUCUGGAGCUCUGCAGUUGCUUGUUGACCUUCUUCAGAAAAAGAUGAUGGACCUUGAAGAGAGUUCUGGAACAGAGGACUCUGAUUCUGAGCUACUUGAGAAUGCCUGCGUUAUUGGAAAUGCAGAACAGCAGACAAGCAAGGAGGCGAACAACUUGGUCCAGCAGAAGUUGAUGAGUAGAAAUAGGUGGUGUAGCAUAGUGUAUCGAAGAGGGCAGAAGGAACUGACUCGUUUAUUCCUUAAGGAAGCAGAACAUGCCCUGCAAUUAUCUCUAAGUGAAGGAAAUUGAGUAUAAAUCGACUUCCUCUUAUUCCAAAUGAGCGGUUUUACUAAUUUAGUCACUAGUCAUUACAACUUGGGUGUUAUCUAUGUUCAAGAUUUAUAGGUUACGUUUUUAAAAAAUUCAACAUUCAAGGAUGUGUUUUACAAAAUUCUUACUUGGCACGGUGUCUUCUGUAUUAUUCACUUUGGUCAUGAUUGGUUCUUCAAGACCAGCCAUAUUCCUACGUAUCCAUCCAAGGGCAGCAAUGGCAACGUUUCAGAAGACUGGUGUCGGGUAAUUGGGUGGCUGUGGCCAACAAUCUUGGCCCUGGCACUGGCUAUGCCAAGAAGAACAAGAUCAAGCUCAUACAUGAAGCAUGUUGUAAUGUAGUGAACAUAACCAAAGGCUUGAAGAUAAUGAAGGAGAGGUGCGCUGCAGUAGGAAGGAUAAGACAAUUCUUCCAGGGCUACUCUCCUCUUUGGACGGGUGGGGUAGCAUUCAAUUGUGGGCUGUCAAACUUGGGGAAUAUGUUCACCAGCGUGAAUGACAAUAAAGCAGCCGCUUUGUUAAGAAUCUUUUGCUUACCGUGUUAGCGUAUUUAUUGUACAUGCCAAGAUUAUGGUAUCGCUGGACUUCGGCCGUCUACCACUGUCGCCGGGUUUUAUAUAUGGUGGAUCACAAGGGCUUAUUAAUGUCUAUAUAUAAUCAUCUUAGAAAUUAAGAGCAACAAGCCGUCUAGCUCAGUCGGUAGAGCGCAUAGAGCGCAAGGCUCUUAACCUUGUGGUCGUGGGUUUGAGCCCCACGGUGGGCCUUUUUGUUCCUAUCUUCUGUCGGCUUUUUCACAUAAGCAAAACAUCUUGUCCUUGGUAUGGAGGGACUUGCUGGAUUUUCCGAGAUACAAUUAUUUAAUGCCGUUUUUACUAUGGUCAACAUUUUGUUUAAGUUAAAUUUACAUUUUAGUAA